AAAAUUAUUAUUAAACAUGUAGGUGCUGAAAACCAUUUUGCCACAGUUGAAGAACGCUCAACAGGCGCAAGAAAAUACGUCCAAAGACUCUAAUAACGCAUUACCAAUCCAAAGAACAAACAGAUAUGAGGCCGAAUCUAAUGAAUAUUUGCUCAGAAUGAAUGCAGUUGCGCCACACGAAUCUCGAGGAUCUUUAAAUUCGGAAUGCGAGCCAUCGGUAAAAGAGGAAAGCACAAAACGUUACGUUUAUACCGGUCCACCUGCGAUCAGUCUGGGCAGUUGGUCGGAAAGACCCAGUGUCAACGUCCAAAUCAAAACGGACACUGAUUACACGUUGGGAAGAAGCAAUACGACUAAUGACAGUAAAACCAUUGUUAAUAUUAAUAGCAUAAAAAAUGAAAAAGAUAUUACGAACUAUACCUAUAGCAGCACUGGUAAGAAUAACGUCACUAAGCACAAAUUCAACAUUGAUUCUUUGACAAAUGAAAAUCCCGAUGAAUUAAUCGCAAAAAAAUUAAUGGCACAUAUGACAGCGUCGAAUUUCAAAUUAUCAAAUCGAGUUAACACGGCAUCCAAUUUGACGAAAAACAAAGAUAGACCCGUCGUGAUGGGGGUCGAGCUGAAGAAAACUUCUGUUAAAACGAAAGAAAUACUAAAAAGCGAAGAUGAGAACGAAGUCGACACUACAUCGAUGAAUUUCAAAGAAUUAACAAAGACAUUCGGCCAGUAUGGAAAUUUUAAGCAGAAACCUAAACGCUCAAAUAUUAAUAAAUCUUCAGAGGAUUAUCGCAAUGUGCAGCAGAGCGAGAUAGAUAGAAUCACAAACUCGAACGUUAAAGAAAACGGUUAUGCCUGGUUUACAAAGGUAACCAACCAAAACAACUUCUCAUUUAAAAAUCAGCCCGAGACGCAAGGCAUACAACCAAACCCACGGCUAAAAAAAUUCACAUCCGUCAUAGGCGUAAAUGAGACGAGCCAGAAUCUUGGAUUACAAAGUGAAAUGUCCCUCAGGUGUAACAUCAACAAUGCUAUAAAGAUUAAUCCACCGAUGCCGGUUGUAAAAGGAUUCAAGAUACACACUACUGCUGAUUCUAAGAUAAAUAAUAAUCAAAUGAGUCACAACGGACUAUCGAUGGUUGAUAGCUUUAACAAGAAUGUACAGUUUUCUAAACCUCAAACAAUGCCGGUGAUAACAGGGGUGAUGCUGAAGAACGCCAACGUGGGACCCAAAACAAUAUCGGUCCAAUUAGAUCCUAGGGAUAUGCUAUUGGAGUCUAUUCGGAACUUCGGCGGACAUAAAAAAUUAAAAAAUACUACAGAGAGAUACUAAUUGCGUGUAGCCACUCAUAGAGCAAUCUGAGCUAAAAUUUUUUGCAGCGAUGCUUCAAGAUUGACAAGUUUUUUUCUAUUUCUUCCGUCAUAUUUAGUUCUAUAUCAUUUGUUUUUGUUUUUAUAUUAUUAAAAAUAUAAGAAUUAUAUUUCAAAAAUCUUUUUGUUUAAAAAAAUCUAAUGCAAAUAGGUUUGAGAAAAAAUUUGUUUAACCUUAGAAUAUUAAAAGACUUUUUGGGAUAUGUGUUAAGAAAUUCGGUUCGUACACGGAAAAAUGAUAUGGUUUGCCAUAGCUAAAUAAAUAAUAACAUUUGGCGCAGCCAUAUCUGAUGGUUGUCACACCCAAAUUGAUGUGAUGUCUUUACUAUAUUAUAAUUGCCGCACCACCGCGCCAUGCGCCAGCGCUGGUAUCAAUUCUCUAUGGUUGUCCCAAUCAUAUAUAGGUGUAUAGUGAUCCAUCAAUGUGGGUGUGACAACCGCAGAUAUGACUGCGCCAAAUGUUUCUAUUUUCUGGCUGUGGCAACCAUAUCGUUUUUUCCGUGUACUAUUUUUUAUUACUAUACAUUUGCUUUAUAUUUUAUAUAUAUACAAACAUUACUAAUGUUUAACAUUAGAAUUUAACUGAUCAGACCUUCAAAGCUGACAAGAGUGAAAAUCUUGUGUUAUCGCAGUAUUUUUAUCUAAAAAAUGGAAAUUUUAUGUCUAAAUAGUGAAAACAUAAGUCAUGUAAAAUAGUAUAUUGUACAACUAGUGGGAAAAGUGGUCGAUUCUAAAUGAGUGUGAAGUUGGUCGCACUCAUUUGGGCUCGACCACUCUUCUUUCCACGAGUUGUUCAUACUAUUUUUCCUAACGCAAGCGUAAAAUGGGUCGCUUUUCGCGCUCGCUUCGCUCGUGCGACCAACUUCACACUCAUUCAGAAUCGACCACUUUUCCCACUAGUUGUACAAUAUACUAUUUGUAAUGUAAACAAUAUUAUAUAGUGCAAUUCAACUUAGAAAGGAGAGAAAAUAUCCACAUGUCACACAUUUGCAAUGCUAAUGUUAAUAUAAUUAUUAACUUAUCUUUGCUUUGUAAUAGUAUUCUAGGGUUAAUACAAAAGUAUUCAACAAUUACUUCAAGUACUUAUUUAUUCGCUGAUUUAUGCCGCUAAUAAGUUACAUAAGAAGAUUAAAUAUUCCUAAUUUAUAUAUUCUUACAUAUAAUUACUAAGAUACCAAAAGAAAAGUAUUUGUUAUUUUUUUGCUUUCAGUAUUUAAUGUGACAAAAGCAAGAAAUUUAUUUUCGCGAUAUUAAUCAUUGAGAUUGCAAUGAUUCGUUAUAUCUUAUAUAUUUUUGGUUGGGAUAUGUAUUCUCGAUAAUAUUAACUAGACCGAUUAAAAUCCGAUAAUAGCGUCACGUUGAUUGCGUGUAAAUAUGAUGUACAAAAGAUAACCGCUGCGAUAACCAAAACUCGCUACAGAACAGAAGAUGUACAUACUAUUUAAGAUAUGUUCGACAUUUGCUUAAUUGUAGAAGAUGUGUAACUUUUAUUUUAUUUACUUGAAUAGUCAUCAACUUGAUGUUGCUCAUUCAUUAAUGCAGGAAGAAAAAAGAGGGAGACAAAAUUAGAUUGUUUCUUCUCAGUUCGGUAGAACCGUUCGAUUCUAGCUUUGGUACAAUGUAUACUAAAAUAAAUUUUAUAAAGAUAGAAAAUAUUAAACACCAAAGUUAAUUGUUGGAUGGCUCGAUAUCGGUACUAUUAUAAUGGAGGUUUGAUAUUGACUACUAAUAAGUCCUAAUUUUCGCAAUUAACUGUAAGUUUCUAUCAACGGGACCAAAGGUGACAUCUUAUUUUUACGUAUUGUAGAAUGAAUUUAGAGUCGUAGAACAUUACUGCGCUAAAUACGAGGUAGGUUUUUAAUCGUUAAAUCUGGUCAAUUGAGUUAUUAUGUAUCGAAACAAUUGAUAAUAAUAAAUAUAGAUUUAUUUACAACGUUA